CCGCCUUCCAUCUAAGUAUACCAAGCCCAGACCUCUGAACCACAGACCUCACCAGACGGAACUUUGCUCAGUUGUGUAGCUUUAGCUCCUGCCCACUCAAGAUGAAGUAAAACUCAAGAACCUCCUGAGGUAAGGGAUGGCUUAAGACUUUUAUCCCAUGUUGGGUAUCCCUACACUCCAGCAGAAACCAUGGCAGAUAUUUCCUGGACUGAAGGAGUCUCCAGCGAGACAGUUGCCAAUGCCAGUUCAGAAUUCAGUUUGGAAGCAGACUUCCAGUAUUCCCUGUUUACUGUCAUCUACAGCAUUGUCUUCGUGCUGGGACUGGUAGAAAAUGUCUUGGCUCUGUACCUCCUGUCCUGCAAAGUAAAGCACGCUUCUCAUUCCUACGUAUACCUCAUUAAUCUAGCUCUAGCAGACACCUUGUUUGUUUGUGUGUUGCCUUUUAAAAUUCAUUACCACCUGAAUCGGAACAAUUGGAUCUUUGGUGACAUGGCUUGUAGGAUAACUGGGACUUUGUACUAUAUCAACAUCUAUCUCAGCAUUGCCUUUUUCACCUGCAUUUGUGUCGAUCGUUACAUUGCAGUGUUGCACCCCUUCACGUACAUCCAGAUCAAAGUCAUCCAUUACGUGAUGGUGGUCACAAUCCUUUGGGUGGUCGCUCUAAGUGUCAUGGUUCCGCUUAUCCUUGGAGGUCCCCUCCACAACAGUGGUGUGAGGAACAUGACAGCAUGUUUUGAGAACUUUGCUACGAGUAGCUGGACUUAUCGCAUGGCACCUUACAACAUCCUGGCCUUAGUUUUUGGGUUUGUGAUCCCAUUUUCCAUCAUUCUGAUCAGCUAUCCUCUCAUUGCUAAGAGGAUCUCCCAGAUCAAACACAGCAUUCGCAAGAGGAAGGCCCUGAGCACUAUCUACAUCAUCUUGGUCAUUUGUAUUUUGUGCUUUCUCCCGUAUCAUCUCACUCACUUGCUCCACUUUUUAAUGAGAAUCCAGGUCAUCCAGAAUGAGUCAUUUACCAGCUUGAUCUACAAAAUGCGAAGAGUCACCUUAGCCCUAGUGAGCUUCAACUGUUGCCUUAACCCACUCUUGUACUACUUCACCUCUUCCAGCAAGCAUUGGUACUUCAACUUCAAGCUCAGAUUCAGGUCUAAAAUGGUGUACACCAUCUGUGACCAGAAAUGUGGGGAGCCCUCCUAUGUUUAUAAACUACAACAGAGACAUGGAAAUAAAAAAGACAGAGAUGGAAUCAACUGAUCUACUUAAAGUAAAACCACACAGCUUCUGAAAACUGCUGAGUUUCCCACCCUGUGAAACGCAAGACUUUGGAGAGAAAUUACCAUUUGUGGGUUAUCAGAGUCACCAGAAAACAACUGGCCUGGCUGAUAAACUGCUUAAAAGCCAAGGGUUUACUUAAAAGAAUGUGAUUUUGGUAACAGAUAUACUGUUCCUUCCCACGCUGCCCCCAAACUUUAUGAAGUGUGUACAUGCUGUUGGCCUGUAGGCAUGCAAGACUGCUGAGCAGAUGAGAACAGAAGGGAAAUUGUGAUGGGGUUUGUUUAAGAGGGAACAAGGUAUGCUGAACUGUGGCAAUGUGCUAAAUCUGUAUUUCCAUUUCCAAGUGUGCAAAAGGGAGGCUAAAAGUCACGCUUUGACCUAGCAGGCUGCAGCAGACGAUUGGAGUUCCCAGGUUAUGCGGUGCUGUUGGACUUGGAACAAGAAAGGCCAUGGACCUUAAAGGAGGGAGGGAGUAGGAUUACUGUGGCAGAAUGGUGUGUGAGGUAAAUGAUUGUGUAUCUCGAUAUGAUGUGUAACUUCUCUUUGCGUAACAAUGGAUGUUGCAGCAUCUGCCCAUAUUCGGCCAAUCUUCUGAUGGCAGCCGAUGCCAGAGUCUAUGCUCUGGUUAAGGACAGGAGGUAAGAGGUUUGGAAAAUAAGAAGCAUUGGUGUAGGGGUAUGGUGGGGUUUUGGUUUGGAGGAAAAAAAACCCAUGCAUUAUGAUGAUAAGCAAGGGUCUUGGAUUUGGGAUGCUGUAGCUAUCAGUUAAAGCCAAUCAGUCAACCACUUCAGCAAUCUGAGAUGGAUGCAGCAAGCAAACCAUGAGCAAAUCUGAAUUAUAAUAGAGCUAAAGCUUUGUAAUAGAUGGUGUUUGUGGGUGUAGUACUGCAUUUGUUAGGAUGGGCCUGACCUGCAUUAGUUACUGCUAUGUGCAGUUUGAAUUGUGUUGAAUGGAUACCUGUUACUAAUGAAGGGUCAGCUACUGACCUCUCCCUUUCUGUAUUUUGCUUUUAGCUUGGAGAAAUUUUUAAGUAUCAGUGAGAAAACCUGCUCAAACUUUUCUAAAAUAUUGAAAAUAAUGUGUGUUCUGCUUGAGUGGGCUUGGUAAGACAAGUGCAAAUCCUUGCACUUGUAAAAUGGAGAGACGAGGAGAGCCUCUGAGGGAGUAUUAGGACAAAUUAAUCUUUUACCUUUUGUAAGACUGCUAUUUUUGUCCCAUUUAUAGGCUAUGGAAACACUUCCCAGCACUGGAGGGACUAUUUUUUCCAACUAAACUAAGCACAAUUUUUAUGUUCUGGACAAAGGAAGAAAAAUUUUUAUUAGGGACUCCAUCUGCAAGUGCAGCUUUCUUGCAGCCUUGUCAGCUGUCAUUGAGGGAAGUAUGGAUAAUUUAAAAAGUUAUGCUGCUAGGUAAAUAGCACAUUUAGGGCUUUAUCUGCUUGCCUCCAUUUAUACUUUGCAUUUUAAUUGCGAAGCUUUGAAAGCUCUUUGUUUCCACUCAGCAGUGCUGAAGUUUUAAGGGAAAUGAGCUGUGGGAG